AUGUUGAUCAUUGGGGUGGAUUUUCGAAGUUCCAUUAUUUCUAAGCUGAGUGAGGCUGAAUUCAUUAUGGAUUCCUUCCAAAUGACUCGUUUCCAGUCUGUUCAAAUGACUCACACAGGUUUAGUCAUUGUCGUCUACUCCAUACAGCACUUUAUCUCACUAAGCUCUGUUACCUUCCGUCUAUGUGUCGUUAGAUUGGCACAGGAGUCUCGUUAUGACUACCAUCAUUUAGCGUCGGAUGUGGGGUCGUUCGAUCUAUUAUAA